AUGGCGAAGGAUGAAGGGGAUGAUGUGCUGCCGGACAAGGACGCAGCGAAGGGUUUUUAUGCUAAGUACGAGCCCAAAGAGAUUUUAGGAAGAGGAAUAUCUUCCACUGUAAGACGAUGCAUAGAGAAAGAAACAGGAAUGGAAUAUGCGGCUAAAAUUAUAGACAUCAGUAAUGAGACUAAUGAGGAUAUGCAUACUAUGAAGGAUGCUACGCUGCAAGAAGUGCAAAUACUUCGUAGAGUAGCUGGACAUCCAUAUAUCAUUGAAUUGCAUGAUGUUUUUGAAUCUAGUACAUUUAUAUUCUUAAUUUUUGAAUUGUGCAAGAAUGGAGAAUUAUUUGAUUAUCUCACGUCGGUCGUGACACUUUCUGAAAAGAAAACGCGUUAUAUCAUGAGACAAGUAUUCGAAGGAAUCCAGCAUGUACAUAAUCAAGGAAUAGUACACAGAGAUUUAAAACCUGAGAAUAUAUUACUUGAUGAUAAUUUGAACGUGAAGAUAACUGACUUCGGAUUUGCCAAAAUAUUGAAACAUGGAGACAAAUUAGAAGACCUUUGUGGUACACCUGGCUAUUUAGCACCAGAAGUAUUAAAGUGUAAUAUGUUUGAGAAUACAGAUGGUUACGGAUAUGAAGUCGAUAUAUGGGCUUGUGGCGUGAUUAUGUUUACACUAUUAGUUGGCUGUCCUCCAUUUUGGCAUCGAAAACAAAUGGUUAUGCUUAGGAAUAUAAUGGAAGGAAAAUAUUCAUUCACAUCUCCCGAAUGGGCUGACAUAACAGAAGCUCCAAAAGAUUUAAUAAGAAAGUUGCUAGUUGUUGAUCCCAAGAGAAGAAUUUCUAUAAAGGAUGCGUUAGAACAUUCAUUCUUUCACACCGUCCUAUGGGAUCAAGACAUCGCUCCUCUAAAACGUUCUCUGUCAUCUAACUCGCGACGUCUGAGUAGGAUAUCUCAAUUAGCUUUGGAGUUGAAGGCGAAAUCAUUCAAUGCAAGGAAGAGAUUUCAAUUGGCAAUUAUUUGUGUGAGAGCUGUUAUUCGUAUUAAACGGCUUCAUAUCACGCCUGAACCGCUUUCGACACACGUAGCUUGUACUGACCCAUAUAGAAUAAAAAUUCUGCGGAAGGUGAUUGAUGGCUGUGCGUUUCGUGUCUAUGGACACUGGGUAAAGAAGGGAGAAGGCCAGAAUCGUGCGGCACUUUUUGAAAAUACACCAAAGACAGAAUUGAAGCAUCUGUAUGUUAGUAAUUUAAGUAGAUAACUAUUAUUGUUUUAGUUAAAUUUACUGAUACCGGAAUCUCGAUGGUCCUAACGAAAUAUAUUUCAUAAAGACAGAUAUAACUGUCUUAGUUUUGCAGAAUGUAAAAUAUUCAUGAUAGAAAUUUUUUUUUAAAUUGAAGUAUAGGCUAAAUAGUACUU